CCUGCGCCAUGGCGGAGGUGAAGGUGAAGCCGGAGGUCCCCGACCCCAUGGAUAUAGAGAACAGCUGGCAAUUCCUUCCCGUCAGAACCUGUUGCGUGAUGAAACUGUACAGGGAGCUCUAAACCCAUGUUGCUGUUAAUGAGAGCAACAUAAAUGGGAGCACAGUGUUCAGUGGUGUCACCACGACUACAGGAUUAUUGAGCUGUGUCAUCAGUUCCCUCAUGGUAUCACAGACCAGGUGAUUCAAAAUGACAUGCCUCACAUGGAAGCGCAGCAGCGAGCCAUGGCGAUCAACAGGCUGCUCUCGAUGGGGCAACUGGACCUUCUCAGGAGCAAUGCAGGUCUCCUGUAUAGAAUCAAAGAGUCUCAGAAUGCCAGUAAAAUGAAAGGCUCUGACAAUCAAGAGAAGCUGGUUUACCAAAUUAUAGAAGAUGCAGGCAACAAAGGUAUUUGGAGCAGGGACAUUAGAUACAAAAGUAAUUUGCCUUUAACAGAGAUCAACAAGAUACUGAAAAACUUGGAAAGCAAGAAACUAAUUAAAGCAGUUAAAUCUGUGGCAGCAUCCAAGAAGAAGGUGUAUAUGCUAUACAACCUGCAGCCCGACCGGUCAGUGACUGGUGGGGCUUGGUACAGUGACCAAGACUUUGAGUCUGAAUUUGUGGAGGUGUUAAAUCAACAAUGUUUUAAAUUUCUACAGAGUAAGGCAGAGGCAGCUCGAGAGAGCAAACAGAAUCCCAUGAUACAGAGGAACAGCUCAUUUGCCUCAUCCCAUGAGGUGUGGAAAUACAUCUGUGAGCUGGGUAUCAGUAAGGUAGAGUUGUCAAUGGAAGACAUUGAAACAAUUUUAAAUACGCUAAUAUACGAUGGAAAAGUGGAGAUGACUAUUAUUGCUGCAAAGGAAGGGACAGUAGGCAGUGUGGAUGGACAGAUGAAGUUGUACAGAGCUGUUAGUCCUCUCAUACAACCCACUGGAUUAGUCAGGACGCCCUGUGGACUCUGCCCUGUUUUUGAUGAUUGCCAUGAAGGUGGUGAGAUUUCUCCGUCAAACUGUAUUUAUAUGACAGAGUGGCUGGAGUUUUAAAGUGAAAGAAAACUGUAAACUGGAUUCAUGCUUCACAGCCAAGGUGACAAAGCAGCUUGCUUUUUUAAAAGUGGACUUCUACAUUUGUGAGCAACUUCAGGACACUGAGUGACUUUGUUUUUAAUGAAACAUAAAGCAGCAGCAUCUCAGUUGUGUGAGUAGUCCUGUGAGUGGACUGGAAAUUGCAUCAGCAUUGAAGAUUAAGGCUGAAGUAGAAAUGUAGAUCCAUUCUUGUACCAAAAAUUGGUUGUGUGACUUGAAAAGUGCCAUAGAACAGCUUGGUGCUGAUGUGGACUGUCGGUACUCCACAGAUGCUUAUUCUGGAUGAAAGAAAACAAGUCAUUAGUGGAUCAGAAAAACCUGCUAAUGAGUGUUGUCAAGAAUGAGAUCCCAAACUUUGCUUUCAAAGCAAUGCUACUGGUGGGUGCUUAAGUCCUAAAGCUGGCACUUUCCUCCCAUGACAGCUACCAUCUAAUGUGGAAAAGAUCCUGAAUAUGUCAGACAACUCACUGACUCUUUAUUGUAUUUCUUACCUGCUAAUUUAUCAUUAAACCACUGAUUUUUCAUGUA